GCAUAACAACCGACAUACUAUCGGUGACAAUUUUCUACUGGAAAUUUAUUUUCAAGCUUGAACCACCUACACAACAGUUAUUCAGUUAUAAUUCCAACGGAGUGUGAUUAAGUUUCAGUUAUUAGUUUUGAUUUAAACAAAAGACUAAUUAAUUAAAAUAAUAACAUAUUAAGAUCUUAUUUUAUUGUAAUUAUAUCAGCAUUUGUAGCGUUUUACAUAAUGUCGGGUGAACAAAAUACUGCUCCAGUUAUACCAACAUGGAUUAAAGCAUCAUUAUUUGAACCAGUUUUUAAGGAAAUUUUUUGUAAUUUUCAGGAAAUAAAUGACUUCAAAGCCAAACCUGCCCUAAGUGCUGGUGAAAAUUAUGCCACAGUAAUGUUGCGUUUAGAAGCGGAAAUUGAAAUGACAGACGGCUCCUGCGAAUCAAUUACAUUAAUGUUAAAAACAGCACACGACAGUGAAGCGAUUAAAGAAGUGGUGAAGAAUAACAAUGUAUUUAAUGUAGAAACUAUAAUGUAUCAAGAAGUGGUGCCGGAAUUGGAACAACUAUAUAAAAAGGCAGGUGUCGACAUAAAUUUUGCACCCAAAUUUUAUGAAAUAGACACCGAAUAUCCACAUUUACUUUUAGAAGAUCUUAAACCUAAAGGCUAUACAAACAUUAAUCGUUUGGAAGGUUUGGAUAUCCAACAUACCCAAGCGGUACUAACAGUUUUGGCACAAUGGCAUGCCGCUUCAGCGGUGCAAAUUGCUACAAAGGAAAAUUACAAGCCCAUAUUAUUCGAAACUUACUUCAAAGAAGAAAAUCGUGAAAUGAUGAGCAAAAUAUUUGAUAGUCUGACAGCAGCUUUUCUAAAAUCAGCCAAAAAUUAUGAAGGGCAUGAGUUGUAUUAUGAACGGUUGUGCCAGCACAAAGAUGUUAUACUAGAUGAAAUGUUUGAGGCAAAUAAACAGGAUGAAAAUGAAUUUAAUGUUUUGAAUCAUGGAGAUUGUUGGUCAAAUAAUGUCAUGUUUAAACAUGAUGAAUUGGGUAAUAUUGUUGGUACGUUUUUAGUGGACUAUCAAAUACCACAUAUUGGUCCACCUGCCCAGGAUUUAUAUUAUUUGCUGUUAUCCUCAACACGAUAUGAGUUAAAAAUAGAAAAAUUUGAUUAUUUUAUCAAAUAUUAUCAUGAUCGUUUGAUUGAAAAUUUGAUAUUGCUAAAGUAUCCAAAAAAACUGCCCACAUUAAAGGAACUGCAUAUUAUGUUGCAUAAAUACAAUGCAUGGGCAUAUAAUGCCAGCACUGGCAUUAUGGCAGCCGUGCUUUUGGAUCCCAGCGACAAUGCCAAAUUGGAUAAUUAUUUUAGCUACUCAGAUGAAGCAGCCCAAUUUAAAAUGCAGUUAUAUUCAAAUCCUCGUUAUCGUAAGCAUAUGGAAAUGGUUUUACCCUGGUUGUAUUAUCGCGGAACUUUUUAAAUUAUUAUCUUUGUUAGAUAGCAAAAUUAAUCUCAAAUUGUUAUAAAUGUAAUACAAUCUACUCUAUUAUUGUAAUAA